UGCUUUCCAGCGUAGAACAUGCAUGGAACUGAACCUCUAGCUAGAUAAUAUUCAUUCAGAAAAGAUAAUAUAUAAAAGCGAAAAAAGCAAAAAGAAAGGUUUGCAGGCUGAUUUGGCAUUUUGCAGCAUAUGGAAGAUACGUUCAGAGCUUGCAUGUAGAAAUAAGGGCAUGGAGCGCUCCUGAUCGGCAAGCAGAGCCAUCCGUGCCUCAUCUCGGAUCCGUGUCGAUGUCUGGAGGUCUGGCCAUGUCUGCAAGAGAAAAAGGAAUUCAAACCAAGGACAGUGUCAGCCUGCUCCCCUGUUUCUAUUUCGUUGAGCUGCCUAUCCUGGUGUCGUCUAUGGUCAGCUUGUACUUCCUGGAAUGGACAGAUUUGUUCAAGCCAGUGAAGUCUGGCUUUAACUGUCAUGACCGCAGUCUGAGCCUACCUUACGUUGACCCUAAUCAUGAGGUCAUCCCCUUGCUGAUGCUGCUUAGCUUGGCUUUUGCAGGACCUGCCAUCACGAUCAUGAUCGGGGAGGCCAUCCUGUUCUGUUGUCUUUCUCGAAGAAAAAGCCGCUCUGGAGCAGAGGCGAACAUCAACGCAGCUGGCUGCAACUUCAACUCUUUCAUUCGGCGAGCGAUUCGUUUUAUUGGCGUUCAUGCAUUUGGUCUUUGUGCGACCGCCCUCAUCACGGACAUCCUCCAGCUGAUGACGGGCUACCCAGCCCCCUACUUCCUCACAGUUUGUAAACCCAACUACACAACUCUAAACAUCAGCUGUGAGCAGAACCCUUACAUCAUGGACGAUAUCUGCUCCGGGGUGGAUGCUGUCGCAAUAAACCGGGGCAGAAAAUCAUUCCCAUCCCAGCACGCUACUCUGGCAUCUUUUGCAGCUGUCUAUGUUUCGAUGUACUUCAACAGCACACUGACAGACUCAUCCAAAUUGCUCAAGCCCUUGCUGGUCUUCUCCUUCAUCAUCUGCGCUAUUAUUUGUGGUCUGACUCGGAUUAUUCAGUACAAGAACCAUGCCAUUGAUGUCUAUCUGGGAUUUCUGCUUGGUGGAGCCAUUGCUGUCUACCUGGGUUUGUAUGCAGUUGGAAAUUUCCUCCCAAGUGAAGAGCAGAACAGUACCCUCCCUUCCCAGCCUCACUGCCCCACCUGCUCCUUACCACACAUUAGCCAAGAGGCAGUCCUUCAUCACCUGCAAAUGAAAGCCAGCGCAUCGGUGGAACCCGGCCUGCCCGCCUCCCAAUCUGAAGGCCUUCUGCAUCGGGGUCUUCCGCAACAGAAGGGCGACGAUAGCUUGAAGUGCUCAGGCAGGGAUGCGGAUGGGCUCUCGUCCCACAGCCCGCGCAGCAAAGAGACCGUAGUGACCUUUAGCCAUACUCUCCCUCGCGUCCACACACCGCAGGCCAUAGCGGCGUACGAGGAAGCGGCCAGACGUCACGCUGCGACCCUUCACCACGCCUCCAUGGAUUCGAGCCGAUCAAAGCAGCUUUUGUCACAGUGGAAAAGUAAAAACAACCAUAAAUGCACUCUCCAGGUACCUGAUUGUUUCCCCCCUUCAGCAGACUUACCUGUUCAGCCCUCUCAGCAUCCUCACCACCACGGCAGCAUGGAGGUCCGAUCCAGCUCCGAACCGUCGGCAAUGGGUCUGGAGGCAAGUUUUGAAGCUCACGCAUAUUUGUCCAAACUGGCCACAGGAGCAAGUACCACUUUGCCGAGUAACUGCAGCGGUAUAACGGGAGGAACCAGAAUGUUGAUGCAACCGAGACCUGGGUCUUCACAACUGGUCCACAUUCCGGAAGAAUCACAUGAAAAUUACCACAAUACCUCCCCAAAAGCAGGAGGAGAAGAUAGUCUUUCUUCAGUAGAUGGCACAGUUCAGGGAAAUUGGCAAAGGGCUGCUGAGAAGACGGCGAUUUGCAGGACUAACGACGAUGGGAAGAAAGCCCAGCCUCGAAUCAUGCAAGUGAUCGCUAUGUCGAAACAGCAAGGGCUCCUUCAGACCCAUUCCAAAAGCUUGGAUGAAAGCAGCACUGUCGCAGGUUCCCAGAGCUUGGCUCACUACAGAGCUCUUAAUCCUGACAAGGAUCCGGCGAUCGUCCGAAUAGAAGCACACCCUGAAAACAACAAACCGGUCAUCCAAGCUCCUUCCAACGAUGGAAGUGGAUCGUGGCGGUGGCGAUCUCUGGAUCACGGCAAUGGAGCUGUCGUAGGGCAGGGGAGCGCAGGAAGCGGGAGUUUGAGGCAAUCCUUCGAUCUCAACGAUCUGAACAGAGACUCCGAAAGCUCAGACUCGGUACGAGAAGGUUCGAUUGACAGGAAGCGUACUUAUACCACCUCUCAGAAGCUCCAUAAUCAGAGCCUGUCUACUAUUAGAGUCACUCCGGGAGAUGUUAGUGGGGCCGGAUCUGGAGACACCGCUUCAGAAAUACCCUCGGUGGCCUCCAGUCGAGAAUCCACACUACGACGAAAAGGCCACAAUGUCAUCCUGAUUCCAGAGAGAGGAAGCAGUCCGGAUAUCACCCGGAAUGUUUUCUACAAGGGAGCAUCCAUACCUAAUAAGGAAUAAUGCACAGAGUGACUGAUGGAUUCAGGCCCAUAUGUGAUCAUGAAGCAUGAUUUGUUUAAUCAAAGUCGUUUUUUCUCCUCCCCUUUGGUGCGGUUGCCAAACACAGGAACUAAGUUUCAGUAAAGUCUUGGUGCGGUGCCAUGACAAUCUCCCUUGAGCCGCUCCACCUGAUAAAUGGAAAAAAUAAUCAGGCUGGAGCUUAUAUGGCGACUUAACUGGAGCUAGUCAACAAUUAAAUGGCUGACUGUUUAAACCUGCCUUUGGUUUAACAUACAUGCAUUUAGCAUGACAUCCUUCAAGAUACACAUGCAAAGGACAUCGAAAUAAAAUAUAUAUUGUAGCCUAGUAGAUCGUGAAGGACAUUUUUGCUCGUUGUGUUGCACUCACAACUCCGGUCAACAGUCUUCCUAUCGACAUUCUUGCUCCCUUCGCUAACCAAUAAAAAAAGCAAUGUCACACUGUUUAUAUCGUUCCGUUGAAAUUUUUAGCGUGAAAAUGAACAGUACGAGCAAAUUGCAUUCUUACACAAUAUUACCAAUCAUUAUAUAUACCAUUCAAAAUGAUUUACGUAGCAUGAGAUUUUUGUAAACAAAGCACAAUCUUUUAGGUGUUGACAAAAAUAAUCACUGUGUACUUUGUAGCCACCAAGGACACUUAUUUUAUGAUCUGUGAUUUACCAGUGGUGUCGAUGGAUUUUUUUUUAAACAGCUCUGUACGUUUUAUGAAUCCAAAAAAAAGACAGUAUUAAAAUAAAAAUACAUGCUUUUCAGAAUUUGAAUACUGCAAAGAAAUGACGUCGAUGUUUGUGAGAGCAGUUCCGACAAGGUUGUUGUUUUUGAUGAAGGGUGCUAUACCAGAAGAUAUUAUCUUAGAAAAUACAUUGUCAUGAAAAUCUAUGUACAAAGUAAAAACAAGCAAACAACGAUAACUUUGAACCAUAAGUGUGCUUAGUAUUCCUUCUGUAGCUUUGAAAUCAAAUAAGCUGUCACUUGCACUGAAAGUGUUUACUCUCCCUUGUACUAUAUGC